AUGCUGGAUGAUGUGAAAGUAUGUGGUCACAACGCAUGCGAUGACUUUCGAAUGUUGUAUAAAUUAGUUCUUCUAGUUCAACAGGAGCUCAUUAUUUCAAUGGCCUUGGUAGUUGGACUGACAACAAAACCAACUCUAUGCAAGAAAAUAACUUUCCUCUUCAUUAAUAUCAUUGUUCUGUUGACGGGAUUACUUUGGCUUUCAUACGGGUCCUACAUGCUACAUAGGGUAGAAAGUCGCAAUGUGGCCUUUGGAACAGUGGUGGCUAUUGGAAUACUCUACGUCAUUGUCACCAUUGGUGGUUUCUUGGCUUUUUUUAAGAAUAAAAAAAUCCUUUUUUAUAUCUAUUCUAUUUUACUCCUUGCUUUAGUCCUUUGGCAAGUGAUAUUUGGAUUAUUCUCCCUAGAAUCAACUUUACUUGUCUUCAUUGUUCUCCUUCCUCUGACUGUAAUCAAGAUACUCGGUGUCGUAUUCGGUUUCCAAUUGGCCAACGAGAUCGUCUCUUUACCGCCUCAUCUUACUUAUGCUCAACUGCCAUCUGAAAGCGCGUCUGCUUGUGAUUCACAUAAAUAG